AUGAUGGACUCUUUUUUACAGAAGGAAGCUUUUGUUGACAUCUUUGCUUAAGUCAAAGAUGUAGAUGAACAAAUUUUUGGUUUCAUAUUCAAAACUUUUCGAAAAGAAAAAGUUUAAGACUGCAUUGGAUAUCUUUCAGAUAAUGGAAAUCAAAAACAGUUAGAAUAAUAAUUCUUACAAAAAUUUAAUUUGGCAUUAGUUGAGAUGGAAUAGAAAUUGUAUAAUUUUAGAAAUUAAAUGAAAUAAAUUACUGAUGGCUUAAAAAAAAUAAAAAAUCAUGACUUCAAUAAAAAAGACUAUUCUGAUGAAAAAAUUUAUUAAUCUAUAAGGUAACUAAUUACAAUCAUGAAGGGGAAGAGAUAGAUGAUAGAAUUUUUGUUAUUUUUAGUUCAUCUCACAUCCAUAGAUAAUUCUUUAAUAAAAUGCGGGUCUAAUUCCUUACAUUUAUUAGUUUAGAUGAAUGUAGAUCUUAGUUAAAAAAAUUUUGAAAAUAUUAAGAUUUCAAAGACUUCUUUAGUUCGAGCCAAUUUUUUUAGGUGCGAUUUAAGUGGAUCUGAAUUUGAUAAUGUAAAUAUUAGCGGAAUAAAUUUAAAUUGUGCAAAACUAUUUCAUUGUAAAUGGUAAAAUAUAAGAGUUGAUUAAUUGCAUCAUUUGAAGGGCCAUCUUUCUUAGGUCAAAUAAGUAUCCUUUUCACCAAAUGGUACUACGUUAGUAUCUUGUGAUGGAGACACAUCUAUUCGUAUAUGGGAUAUUAAGAGAGGAAAAACAUUAUCUUUAUUUUAUAGUAGUAGGAUAACUUCUGUUUGCUUUUCACCAAAUAAUUCAAACUUAGCAACAUAUGGAGAUUAUCUCAAUAUAUGGGAUACAAAAAGAGGAAAAAUAUUAUCUAAAUUGAAUUAUAAUGGUUAAGUAAUAUGCUAUUCACCAAACGGUACUACCUUAGCAUUUAAUUAUAUUAAAUUAAUUAUUAUUUGGGAUGUUGAAAGAAGAUAACAAAAAUUUGAAUUGUGUGGCCAUGAUCGUUAUGUUUAAUCAGUAUGCUUUUCUCCAGAAGGUACUACUUUAGCAUCUGGUGGUGAAGAUAGAAUGAUUUAUUUAUGGGAUGUUAAAACUGGAAAGAAAAAAUUUAAAUUAAGAUGUGAUGAAGGAGAAAUUGCAUCCUUAUUCUUCUCUCCAGAUGGUACUAUAUUAGUUUCAGGUUCUUAUAGUAUCCUUAUGUGGAAUAUCAAAACAAGAAAAAAAAUUUUUCAUUGAAGGGUCAUGGUAAUUAUGUGAAGUCCUUAUGCUUUUCUCCUGAUGGUACGACAUUAGCAUCUGGUGGUGAUGAAGUUUUUAUGCGUUUAUGGGAGGUUAAAACAGGAUAAAUAAAAGCACAAUUAUAUUGCAAUAAUUCAAUCAACUCAAUUUGCUAUUCUCCUGAUGGUAGUAAAUUAUCAUUUAAUGGUGUGGAUAGUUCCAUCCUAUUAUACGACUCUAAAGCAAUUGAAAUUAAUACCCUAUUAAAUUAUUAUUGGGGCGUUUUCAUCUAAUUUUUUCCAGAUGGCAAGACAUUGAUGUCUUAUGAUAGAUCUCUCCGGAUAUUGGAUGUAUAAACCGGAAAAGAAAAUUUUAAUUAAAAAAUCAAGCUAAAACUGCAAAUGUAAUGUGCUUUUCCCCAGAUGGAACUAUAUUGGCAUCGAAUGGAUCCAUAUCUAUUCAAAUAUGGGAUGUUAAAACAGGAAAACUAAAAUUUGAAUUAAAUGGUCACACUUAAUCAGUAUGUUUAAUCUGCUUUUCUCCUGAUGGUUCUACAUUAGCAUCUGGUAGUUACGAUAAGUCUAUACGUUUCUGGGAUGUAAAAACAGUAAGUCCAAAAUUUUCAAUCAAUAAAAAUAGUGAUAGAGUUUGGCAAGUGUGUUUUUCUCCAGAUAGUUCUUCUUUAGCAUCUGUCUGCGAUGACAAUUAUAUAUAUUAAUGGAAUGUUAAUACAGGAAACUUAAAAUCUUUAUUAAAAGGGCAUAAUAACUUUUUUAAUACUAUAACUUUUUCUCCUGAUGGGUUAAUGUUAGCAGUAGUUAGUGAUUAUUCUUUUAUUUUUCUUAUGAAGGCAAAAACAGGAAAAUGCUUAUAUAAAUUUGAAGGUCAUGAUGGAAAUAUCAAUUAAAUUUGUUUCUCUCCUGAUAGCACAUAAUUAGCAUCAGGUGGUUACGAUACAUCUAUCCUUUUAUCGGAUGUUUAAACUGGGCAACAAAAAUCUUAAUUAAAUGGCCAUCUUUAUUGUGUUAAUUCAAUAUGCUUUUCUCCUGAUGGUUCUUAUUUAGCAUCUGGUAGUUGGGAUAAUUCUAUAUGCAUCUGGGAUGUUAAAACUAGCCAAUAAAAUGAUUAAUUAAAUGGUCAUAGUGAUUGUGUGUCUUCGGUAUGUUUUUCACCAAAUGGUACUCUAUUAGCAUCUGGUAGUUUUGAUAAUUUAAUCAUUCUUUGGGAUGUUAAAACAGCCAUAUAAAAAUCAAAAUUUGAAGGUCACACUCAAGGUGUGAAUUCAAUCUGCUUUUAUCCAGAUUCUACUAGAUUGGCAUCUGGUAGUAAGGAUUUGUCAAUCUGCUUAUGGGAUGUUAAAACAAGACAACUAAUAUCAUAGUUAUUUGGUCAUAGUUCCAGCGUUAGGUCAGUAAACUUUUCACCUAAUUGUAAUAUAUUGGCAUCAAGUAGCGAUGAUGGAUCUAUAUGUUUAUGGGAUAUGGCAAAAGGAUAAAAAAUUUAGGAUUUAGAUAAAUUUUGUCAAGAAAUUCCUACCAAAUUUCAGAAUCCUAUUAAAACAUUUUCUUUAUUGAAUAAUGAUAAGUUUGGUAAUACUUUCAAUUUUAUAUAGUUAUUCCCUAUACCAAACUACUUAUAUCUUCAGAUCCAAUAUCUACAUUGAUAUAUAAUUAGGAUUAAUAAUUUAUUUCCGGCUAUAGUUAGAAAAUAAAAUCAUUUAUUGAACUCAAUUUUAUUAUAUCCAUAUUUAACUAGUAUAUUAUAAAUUGCUAAAAUGAUAUUAUCUUUUCAAUAGAUGAAUGA